AUGGCUCCUAUCCACGCUAUUGCGCUCCUCCUGUGUCUGCUGAGGGCUGCCCAAGGCUACACGCUGGUACAUGACUAUAACUUCACCAAUUGGUAUUCGAGCUUCACUUUUGAAGACCUCCCCGAUCCCACGAAAGGAUUCGUCGACUACCAAUCUCUCGAGGAUUCCUUAUCCCUCAACCUCACUAGAGUCAUUGGGAACCAAGUCUACAUGACUGUCGACAACACAUCCGUCAUUUCCACCUCUUCUACUGGUCGGAAGAGCAUCUGGCUCGAGAGCAAGGACAAAUUCUUGCAUGGACUGCUGAUUGGGGACUUUGAGCACAUGCCGGGUAGUGACUGCGGUAUAUGGCCUUCCUUCUGGUCAUUUCACAACUACAACGCGGGCGAUCUGGACAACUACGGCGAAAUAGACAUUCUGGAAGGCUUCAACGACAUCACGCAAAACUAUAUCUCGCUUCAUACGAGCCUCAAUUGUACCUUCAAAUCACCGGCAAGGCUACAAACAGGAACUCCCAAUAACGAUAACUACGAUUGCAAUCUUCGUGCUGGUGCUGGUUGCAGCGUUCAGGCCGGUCGUGGAAGCUAUGGCGCGUCGUUCAAUGCCCAAGGUGGUGGAGUCUAUGCGAUGCAGUGGGCGAGCAGAUUUAUCAAGAUCUUCUUCUUCCCCAGAGACUCGAUUCCAGCAGAUAUUACCGCCGGUAAGCCAAACCCAGGGAAAUGGGGUCUUCCGACUGCCAAUUUCGAUAGUCGACACGGCGAUUGCGAUGUCAACGCGGCUUUUCCGCCGCAGACUGUGUUCUUCGACUCAACUUUCUGUGGUGCCGCAGCAGGUGGUAAAGCUUGGACGGAUUGGACAGACUGCUCAUCCAAGACAGGCUACUCUACCUGCGAGGAGUAUGUUGCGAAUGUCCCAAGUGCAUAUGACGAUGCAUAUUGGCUCAUAAAUUCGGUUAAGAUCUACCAGCGAAGUGAGGAUAUCUGA